UGAAAUGAACCUUUCAGAGAUCAGACCCUACAUUGACUAUCUGUUAGAGCAACAAGGUGUUAAGAGUAUAUUUGGCAAGAGCUUUCUUCUUAGUUAUUUAUCAUGUGCUAGGUCAUUGCAGUGCUAUCACAUUCCUACCAAGUUCAUGCACAGCUGUGUGUUAUGUCUGUCCUUUUCCCAAACCCCUCCAUCAGUCAAUGGCACGACAGGUGAAGGAAUGUCUCUCACUGUGGAGGAGAGAAAGCUGCUUGCAGAGGAGUGGUGUCGUAAGAGCAAGUAAGUCAUAAAGAAUAUGUGGUUAUCAAAUAUGCCUAAUAUGGUUUAUAUGUGGCAAUACUGUCCUUGUUGGUGAAUGAGUCACUGAGUAAGCCUUGCUGCUGGCUUCUUGGCACACAUUGCUGUGUCUUCACAGGCUGGAGCAGGUGAUGGUGCAUGUGGGCUGCAUGAGUCUGAAGUACUCUCAGGAGCUGGUGAGUCAUCUUUGCCACAACCUGCUGGUACUCCUACCAAUACCUAGUCUAAACACAGCACAGGGCCUUGGAACAGCCCACAGUGUAAUUAAGGUGACUUACUGUCUCUGUUGUGUCCUCCAUGCAGGCACACCAUGCUGCUGAAAUAUGAGCUGAUGGGAUAGCAGUGAUCUCCUCCUCUUUCUUUAAACCCCCCACGCAGGUUUGUGGAGCCUAAUUUUCGGUUGUGAUGUAUACCUGUUUGCUCUUUCCAGUGUGAUGUAGUGGAGGGUAUAUACGAGGUAUACCCACUUAUUUUUCAGUGGGCAUUGCGUAUACUCACUUCUUUAAUCCCCACUGAUACCUAUAAAAGUAGUGUAGUGGAGGUACACGCCAUAUCAAGUAAUCAGGCUGAUGGAACAAAAAUGUUGAUAAAAGUAUUAUUUAUUCAUAUUUUAGGUGCAGCAAUGUACAUAUUGCUGUAGGCCUAGCGUGAUCGUUCCAAAAUGCAAUUGUGGGAAAACACUGUUCUAAAAUGCACACCGCACAUGCAAGCGGUUUAAUGAACAGAGAUCCUUUAGAAAGAGGGGAGAUCUAAAGAUGCAACAACUAUCAUGUGUUGCUAAUAUGACUAGGAUAAUGCCUUUGGCUGCUAGACAAUGAAAGACAGUUGAAAGAAAACCAAUAGAACAGGAGAACGCACAUGGAUAAGUCUUUAUAAAAAAUAAUUGCCUCCACGUUUCAAUGGUGGGAUUUUGGCUACAGGCUACUUUGAAGCAAGGUAAGACAUGCCUCAUAAUAUGAAGUAAAACGUCCAGGUGUCAAACAGUUAAGGACCAGGAAAAAUAUAGCGACGCUAAUGAUAGGCCUAACCUUCUUCUGGUAGAUGGAAAGGCUUUCCCAAAAACCUUCUAUAUUAAAUGUUAACUAGCUACAAAGUUUUCCCAGACCUCAAAAGUGGUCUCUCGACGUGGUUGAAGCAUUGUUAUGGACUUACAACAUACAAGAGGGAGGUGCGAAAACCUGAAAAAAUUGGGGAAAAUCUGAAACCUGUGAAUUUCUGAGUCAGUUGACAGCCUCAUUUAUCUGUUUCAAUAGAGUACCACAGUAUGAGUCAUAAUACCAAUAAAACCGAGAGGUCAAACAGGGAAAUGGUUCCAAUCGUUUUUCCACCAUACAUUUUUCCCAUAGGGGAUUUUAGAAAGACUUAAAAUAAGGGCUGUGUUUUGUGUAGGCGUGACGUUUUGAUAACCGUGUAAAUCUCUCUAGGACAAGUAGACUUUUAUCAAUGUAUUUACCCCCCAAAAAUGAAAUGCUAAUUAGCUGCAAAUGUGUCUAUCAUAAAGAACUACAACUGCCAUGAUGAUCUGGAUGAGACUCCUGAAUCGAGGCAUAGGUAAGAAUCUCUGGAUUAACUCUCUAAUGUUAGCUAAGUGUAGUAAUUAAUAAAUAGGCUACAUUUUUUUUUUAAAUAGACUUCUGUGAACUGUCUUGUGCAAGUUUUAAAUGGACACUACCUGUUAGCAAAGGUAUCAGCUAGAGAUGAUGUGCAGGGAUUUGUAGUUUUGCAUGUCUACUUUUAAUGCUAAUUAGCAUUUUCAAAUCUGAGAGUAAAUGGAGACGAAUAUAUUGUUAUAGUCACCUUGUCCGAGAAAGAUUUACAUGGUUAUCAAAAUGUCAUGCCAGGGUAAGCCUACAUACAUGAAACACAGCCCUUAUUUUAAGUGUUUCUAAAAUCCCCUAUGGGAAAAAUGAAUGGUGGAAAAACGAUUGGAACCAUUUUCCUGUUUGACCACUAGGUUUAAUGGGUAUUAUGACACCUCCACUGUGGGGCUCAAUAGUAGGCCUACUAUUAGCCUACUUGCACAGUACAGCUUGGAUUGGCCUGACUGUGAAAGACCAAUGUGGGAUUUAUGAUUUUAGGUCAUUCAGAGCAUCACUGUUUCUCACAAUUUUUCACACAAGGUGCCUUCCCCUCGCUGGGCAGGCCGGUAGGAAUGUUUUGGGGAAGAAUUAGAGUAUACCCACUUCUCCAGGCACCACUACACCACUAAGUGUGACAUUCCACUCUGGUCAAUGUUGCUGAGGAAUUCACUGUAGGAAUGUGUUUCCUUUCCUUACUGUGUUUCCUUCCACCGAAUUCCGAUGCGCUAAGGAUGUUCCUCCAGGAAGUGGCUUCAGCCUCCCCAGCCGUGCCACUCUACUAUUAUCACAUUCCAGCUGUGACCGGGGUCAACUGUGAGUACUCUGCUUUCAGUUGAUAUGAUACAGUCGGACACUUUUUGAUGCGCCUCUGCAUGUGAUACUGUAAUAAUCAGGGUUUGGACUACAAGAAUGUUGAUUCUCAACCACUCUUUUCUUCUCCUGUCAGUGCUAUCGAGGGAUGUGUUGGAGGGGAUAGAGAAGCAGAUCCCCUCGUUCCAGGGGCUGAAGUUCAGUGACCUGAUGGACUUUGGCCAGUGUGUCAGCUAUAGUCCAUCUCACUGGUCACUCCUAUACAGCAUUGAUGAAGUCGGCACACAUUUUUCUCUUCCCUGUCUGUUUGCCUCUCUCAUCAUGAAGAUAACUUAUCCUUAGAGGAAGGUUGUGUUCAGUAUGUUAUGUAAUUUAAAGAAUGUUUAACCCUUUAACAGCAACUGCUAGGAGCUUUGGCGAUUGGUGCCAAUGGGGCAGUGGGAAGGUUAGCCUUCCUCUUAUAUCAUACUUUAACCCUGAGAACCAUGCUCUCUGUGUGAAGUCAGUCCAUUAGGCAGACACUUAUGCUUUAGGAAUGCCACUCUCUCCCCAGCACAUACAACUACCUGGGCGGUGGUGUGAACAGACUCUUGUCAUCCUUUGAUAAAGGGUACCUCCCGAAGGCCAGGACUUUACAGGUACACCUCCCUCUCAGUCUCGGACAAAACGGUAACACAGAGCAUCAUUUUUGUUUUACUGACUUUUUCAUAUCUGUUGAUUUUGAUUAUCUCUUUGAUUGAUGUCUUUGUUUCAUCUGUUUGCAGUUCCAGGUGCAAGAUAUCCUCUGUUAUGCAAUAAAGCUGGGUGAGUGAGUGCAACAUCUUCACCCACAAAACAGUCAUAUGCCAUCAUGUGCCAUCUGAGGUUAAUGAACCUAGAAUGAGUCUGGGUAUGUUGUGAUGUAUUGUGUUUGUGUGUGUGUACAGGGUUUGACUUGGCUGUAAAUAAGCAGCUGAUGAGU